AUGCCUGCUGUACCUCUCCACCUACCUCCUUCAUCCCGACCUCUCGCAGUUUCAAACCCGUUACCGCAUCUUAUCCAAACACCCUCCGGCCUUGCGCUCCUUGAGAUCCAGGGCACAUUGCAUACAUCCUCCAACCAAAACGCAACUCUCCCGCAAUCUCUCGACCAGUCUCUCGAAAAGGACGCAUUGCAAGAGACACCUAUUGGUCGCCUUGUGUUCCCCUACUACAAUUCCUCUCUACUAGGAGAGGAAGAUGUGAGCUGGAUGAAAAGGGUGUACCUCUACGUUGGCAAACAUCAGCGAUUGACUGGAGAAGCUAAGAAACUAGGAAAGCCUGUAGCUGUGUUGAGGAAGAAGGCUACACAAGAGAAGUCCGAUAGUAUUGUUGAUACGGAGCAUGAAGGUGGGUCAGAAGAGAUGGGAGAGGAGCUUGAAAUCGUGGAGAUAAUCAAGUUCAAGAUAUUAUUUGCUGGGAGGCCAGAACCUGUGGAUGAAUGA